UUAUCAUCAUCAUCAUCAUCAUUGUAAUUAUUAUAAUUCUGACUUUUACAUCCACACACACAUCGAUCGACAAAAAAACUAAAGAAAAUUGUAAUCAAUCCAAAAGUAAAUUCAUCAAUACGAUUUCAAAACUUGAAGAUAUAAUUUCAUUAAACAGGAAGAAUUUUAAUAUUCAAUCAAUCUCAUUAUCUCACUCUCUGGAUUUUGAAGCAACCAUUUCUGAUAUUUUCGUUUAAUCGCAUUCAACAUUUAUUUUUUGAUUAAUUGAGCAAAUUAAUCAUCAUUUUAUAUAUAAUAAUAUAAUGAGAACAAUAAUGAGUGCAAGUGCAUCAACUGCUAGUUCAAGUCCAGAUGCAACUGAUCAUCAAUCGUCGCAACAACAAUCACGUGGACGACAAUCCUCGUCAUCAUCAUCUAAUAAUAAUGAUGGUAAUAGUGUUAGUGAUACUAAUCAAAAUGGAUUAAUUUAUGAAGCCGGUCAGAAAAUCUAUUGUACUCAUGAAAACAAUAUUUAUGAAGCACGUAUAUUAAAAACGGCCAUACGUGAAAAUAUACCGCAAUAUUUCGUACAUUAUCAUGGAUGGAGCAAAAAUUGGGAUGAAUGGGUUGUCGAUGAUCGUAUUUUGCAAAUCAAUGACGAAAAUCUUGUUAAAUAUGAAGAAUCAUGUAAACGACGAAAUUCUCGACGUAAUCGUCGUAGUGGUGGUGGUGGUGAUAAUAGACGAUCAUUAUCAACAGUGACCAAUUCUGCAUUCAAUAAUUCGGACAGUGUUUCAAAUGCUCCACGAAAAUCAACAACGGCAACGACUGCAUCAUCAUCAUCAGCAUCAUCAUCAUCAUCAUCGUCGUCGGUGGUGGUGUUAACAACAACAACAACACCAUCAUCAUCCAUAGCUAAUCAGGAUUUGAUGGAUGAAAAAUCUGCUCGUCGUAAACGUAAACGUACAUCACGAUCAACAUAUGUUACCGAAGAGGAUCAUAAAUUGAUUAAUGAAAAACCUAAAAUUAAGAUUCCAAUGAAAUUAAGUGAAAUAUUAAUGGAAGAUUAUUUACAAAUUUAUUUCAAACGAAAAAUUCUUCAACUUGUCGAUUUGAAAAAAACGGCACAAAAUUUACUUGAUGAUUAUCUGGCUGAUCGUAUACAACAAGAAUCAGAAUCAUCAUCAUCAUCAUCAUCGACACAUCAAUCGUCGUUGGAAAAAAAAUUCACUAAUCUUGAUCCACCAUUAAAUUUUACAAUCAAUCCAUUUUCAUCAAAUUUACGUUUCGAUAAUAUCGAAAUGAAUACACGUAAAAGUUGUUGUGAAGAAUAUGUUAAAAAUAUUCGUAUCUAUUUCAAUACAGUAUUACCAACACAUUUAUUAUUCAAUAUUGAACGAUUACAAUAUCUGGAAAUUAUUAGUAAUCCUAAUCAUGAUAUCAGUAAUAAUCAACAGGACAAUAAUAAUACUAAUAAUCAAUCAAACGAAUCACUGGACACAACAACAACAACAACAACAAUGCCAAAAAUGAGAUCUCGUAAAAAUUCCGAUUCAAUUGUGAUUAAAAAUUCAAAAUCAAUUAAAACCUCAUCAUCAACCAAGACAACAACAUCGACUACUACUACUACUGUUAAAGAUAGUAAUAAUCAUAAUCAAUCAAAAGAACCGAUCGAAAUCUAUUCACCAAUACAUUUAUUACGAUUAUUCACAAAGCUUGGAUCAUAUUUACAAUAUUAUUAUUGUGAUAAAAAUUUUUUCCGUCUAUUGAAUCUUUUCAAUGAUGAUUUUUUCGAUUUCUGUAUGGAUAAUUAUGAUGAAUAUUUUGGUGAUGAUAAUCUACAUUAUUAUGAACCGAAAUCCGAUUAUAUUGAACGUUCGGCUAAUAUAUCAUCAAUAACUAUGGCCAAACAACAGCAAACUGAACAUUCAUCAAUUAUUGAUGGACAAUCAUCAUCAUCCUUGUUGAUCGAUGGUGAUGAUAAUAGUUCAACAAAUGAAAAUAUGAAUCAAGAUUAAAUAUAUUAUUAUACGGUUAUGAAUGUGGAGAAAAAAUAGAUAGCAUAAAUUCAUAAAUAACGUUACAUGCAAAUUUUUAGAUAAUAUAUGAUUUUGAGAUCCAGAUGAGAAAAAUGAUGAUAAUGAAUUGAGGAAGGAAGAACAAAAUAAAAGAGAGAAAAAAAACCUGUCCUGUGAUGACCUCGAAAGACAUGAUGAUGAUGAUGAAAAAAUUAAAAAUAUAAAUUACAAACAAAUCAUCAUCAUCAUCAUCAACGAUAAUUGUGUGUGAUGGUGAUCCUCUUACACAUACAUACAUACACAUACACACACACACACACACAAAGGUUUAUUUUUCAAUAUUUACUACAUUUU